UUCUUUUCCUACAUUCUCCAUCACCAAACCAACUUCAGCAAGAGCUAUCUUCUCCUCUCUUAUUCUCUCUCUCUCUGUUUGUGUAACAUUUCUCUGAUAAUGGCUGACAAAACCCGUACUUCAUUUCUGCCUCUCAUCUCCAUUCUUGUUGUCCUUCUUGCAAUAACAGGGCAAGCAGUUGCAGGACGAAGUGUCCCAACCAAAGAUGACAAGAAACAACCUGAGUGGUUUAUUGGCCAUGAUGGCAGCUAUCUCAUUCCAGGCAUUGGGCGUGUGUUAAUCCCACCACUGCAUAAUGUUGUACCUCAGACUCCAUUCCCCAACAACGGCAGGACUGGCAGCACCGGUGGAAGUGGAAGUGGAGAAACGCCAAGUACUGGUCAUGACUAUGUUCCCGGUGGCGACGAUACAUUCGUCCCAAACCCGGGUUAUGAGGUUCCAAUCCCAGGCAAUGGUGCUGGGAAUACCCAACCAACCCCCACCAGUCCCUGAAUUUGUUUGAGCAUGAGGAGUUUUGAAUAAGUAUGCUAGAUCAUGAUCUGUAUCAUUCAACUAGCUAGUGUGCUAGAUUUAUGUGUUUCUGUUCUUCUGUCUUUGGUUUUGUUUGGGUUAAGAGAGCUAGAUGGGUGCGUAUCUCACUUGGCAUUGCAGUGAGAGACCAGGGCGGUGCUUUCUGGCUUUGAAAUAAAGCAGCAUUUGUUAAAGUGCUUUCGUUGUUUAAUUAGAAUUAGUGAAUUAUCAGUAGCAGUUAUUUCAGUUCUUGC